CUUGAGCGCGAUGCUCCCGGUCUUCCGCAGCAGCGGCGGCGGCUGUGGCCUCGGCCGGGGCGUCCGGUCUCUCCCGGGCGUGAGCGCUCAGGCGACUCUCCUCCGGCCGGGUUAGCCCGGGUAACGAAGAGGCAGCCACGAAGAGAGGAGGCAGUGAGAACCGCAGAAAGAGAGCGGCGCCUCCUGCCCCGGCACCAUGGCUGGGCUCAUCAAGAAACAGAUCCUGAAGCACCUCUCCAGAUUUACUAAGAAUUUAUCUCCUGACAAGAUAAAUCUGAGUACCCUCAAAGGAGAAGGUGAAUUGAAGAAUUUGGAGCUGGAUGAAGAGGUGCUCCAGAAUAUGUUGGAUUUGCCAACAUGGCUUGCUAUCAACAAAGUUUUUUGUAAUAAAGCAUCUAUUAGGAUCCCAUGGACAAAAUUGAAAACACAUCCCAUCUGUUUGUCCCUGGAUAAAGUAAUAAUGGAAAUGAGUACAUGUGAAGAACCACGAAAUCCUAAUGGCCCAUCACCAAUUGCAACUGCUUCAGGACAAAGUGAAUAUGGCUUUGCUGAAAAAGUCGUUGAGGGAAUUACUGUUUCUGUAAACUCCAUUGUUAUCCGCAUUGGAGCAAAAGCUUUCAAUGCAUCCUUUGAACUUUCCCAGUUACGAAUCUAUAGUGUAAAUGCAAACUGGGAACAUGGAGAUUUAAGAUUUACUCGCAUUCAAGAUCCACAGAGAGGAGAGGUUUUGACGUUUAAAGAAAUAAAUUGGCAGAUGAUUCGAAUAGAGGCAGAUGCUACUCAAAGUUCACAUCUUGAAAUUAUGUGUGCUCCUGUUCGAUUAAUAACCAACCAAUCAAAAAUCAGAGUCACACUUAAAAGAAGAUUAAAGGACUGCAAUGUUAUUGCAACAAAGUUAGUUCUAAUAUUGGAUGACUUAUUAUGGGUUUUAACUGAUUCCCAGUUGAAGGCUAUGGUACAAUAUGCAAAAUCUCUUAGUGAAGCAAUAGAAAAAUCAACUGAACAAAGGAAGAGUAUGGCUCCUGAACCUACACAGAGCUCGGCAGUAGCCCCAUCUACCCAACAAGUGAAGACACCACAGACUUCAAAUGCUCCUGAUCUAAAUGAUGCAAUUGUGAAACUAUUCAGUGACUUUGAUGUUAAAGAAACGUCUCAUCAUUUAGUGAUUUCUCAUCUAGAUCUACACAUAUGUGAUGACAUUCAUGCUAAAGAAAAAGAGUCAAACAGACGUAUUACUGGAGGGGCUAUGCAACUGUCUUUUACACAGCUAACUAUAGAUUAUUACCCUUAUCACAAAGCAGGAGAUAGUUGUAACCAUUGGAUGUAUUUUAGUGAUGCAACCAAAACAAAAAAUGGAUGGGCCAACGAAUUGUUACAUGAAUUUGAGUGCAACGUUGAAAUGCUUAAGCAGGCUGUAAAGGAUCAUAAUGUAGGUUCACCUCCUAAAUCCCCAACACAUGCCUCUCCCCAGCACACACAAACAGAGAAAGACUCGGCUCUGAAAGGGACUUCCAGAUCACCUUCAGUAUUAUCUCAGCAGUCCAAAGCUAAGUUAAUGUCUAGUUCUGUUGUGGUUAGACUUGCAGAUUUCAAUAUAUACCAGGUCUCUACAGCAGAACAGUGUCGUUCUUCCCCCAAAAGUAUGAUUUCUUGCAAUAAGAAAUCCCUGUAUCUUCCACAAGAAAUGUCAGCUGUUUAUAUAGAAUUCACAGAAUAUUACUAUCCAGACGGAAAGGAUUUUCCAAUUCCAUCUCCCAACCUUUAUAGCCAACUGAAUGCACUACAGUUUACCGUGGAUGAAAGAAGUAUUCUAUGGUUAAAUCAAUUUCUCUUGGAUUUAAAACAGAGUCUUAAUCAAUUUAUGGCUGUAUACAAGUUGAAUGACAAUUCAAAAUCUGAUGAGCAUGUUGAUAUUCGAAUUGAUGGCUUAAUGCUAAAGUUUGUCAUUCCUUCUGAAAUGAAAUCUGAAUGUCAUCAAGAUCAACCACGUGCAGUUUCUAUUCAGAGUUCUGAAAUGAUUGCCACAAAUACAAGGCACUGUCCAAACUGUCGACAUUCUGAUCUAGAAGCUUUGUUUCAAGACUUUAAAGAUUGUGAUUUUUUCAGUAAAGCAUAUACCAGCUUUCCCAAAUCUGGUGACAAUUUUAAUCUGUUGCAUCCAAUCUUCCAGAGACAUGCUCAUGAACAAGAUACUAAAAUGCAUGAAGUUUAUAAAGGAAAUAUUAUUCCCAAGUUGAAUAAACACACUCUCAAAACUUCUGCUGCCACAGAUGUUUGGGCUGUGUACUUUUCUCAAUUUUGGAUAGAUUAUGAAGGGAUGAAAAGUGGAAAAGGGCGGCCAAUAAAUUUUAUAGACUCUUUCCCUCUUUCCAUCUGGAUUUGCCAACCAACAAGGUAUGCCCUGUCACAAAAAGAGCUGCAGACUUGUAAUCAGGUAUCUCUAAAUACAUCACAAAGUGAAUCUAGUGAUCUGACUGGACGAUUGAAGCGGAAGAAGCUCUUGAAAGAGUAUUAUAGUACAGAAUCUGAGCCCUUGACAAAUGGUAGUCCAAAAUCUUCAGAUACAUUUUUAAGAUUUUCCUCUUCAUCAUCAGAUGCAGAUGUUCAUGUCCUGGUUCACAUUCAUAAACAUGUCAGUAUGCAGAUCAAUCACUACCAGUAUCUGCUCUUGCUUUUCCUCCACGAGUCACUCAUUUUGCUUUUGGAGAACUUAAGAAAAGAUGUAGAAGCUGUGACUGGCGCUCCUCCUAGUCAGACAUCCAUUUGCAUUGGAAUUUUACUUAAAAGUGCAGAAGUGGCUCUUUUGCUACAUCCAGUGGAUCAAGGAAAUACUCUUAAGUCUCCUGUCACUGAAAGUGUGAGCCCAAUGGUUCCUGAUUAUUUGCCUACAGAAAAUGGAGAAUGUUUGUCUUCAAAAAGGAGGCAAGUUAGUAGUGGUAUAAAUCAAAUCAGAAGUGUAACUGUUAAUCACAUGUCAGACAACAGAUCUAUGAGUGUUGACCUUAGCCAUGUCCCUUCAAAGGAUCCCUUGCUUUUUAAAUCAGCUAGUGAUACAAAUCUGCAAAAAGGUAUUUCUUUUCUUGAUUAUUUAUCAGAUAAAAAUUUAGGGAAAAUAAGUGAAGAUGAAAGUAGUGGAAUUGUGUGCAAAAGUGGAUCAGGAGAAAUUGGAUCAGAAACAAGUGACAAAAAGGAUUCUUUGUAUACAGAUUCAAAUAGUGUCUUAAACUACAGAGAAGAUUCAAGUUUGCUGUCCUUUGAUAAUGAUGGUAAUCAAAACAUACUUUCAAAUAAUUUAACUACUAAAGGACAUGAAACCAUAGAGUCAGUCUUUAAAGCUGAAGAUUUGCUUCCAGAAACAGUUUCACUCUCUGAGAACCUAGAAAUCAAUCAAGAAGAAGCACCCACGGUUAGAACACUUAAAUCACAGUCAUCUUUCAGUGGAAAGCCUAAGGAACGGAUUCCACCCAACCUGGCUCCACUCUGUGUUUCUUAUAAGAACAUGAAAAGAAGCCCCUCACAGACCUCAUUGGACACCAUUUCACUUGACAGUAUGAUAUUGGAAGAACAGUUGUUAGAAAGUGAUGGAAGUGAUACUCAUAUAUUUUUGGAAAAAGGUAUUAAAAAGAACUCAACUAUGAAUUACCAGAGCCUAACGGAGAGUGCAAAUGCCAGUGCAAAUCUACAGAAUUUUGGUGAAACCUCUCCAGAUGCCAUCAGUACAAAUUCAGAGGGUGCUCAAGAAAAUCAAGACCUGAUGUCAGUUGUGGUGUUUAAAAUUACUGGUGUUAAUGGGGAAAUUGACAUCCGAGGGGAAGAUAUGGAAAUCUGUCUUCAAGUGGACCAAGUGACACCAGAUCAGUUAGGCAAUAUCAGUCUUCGACAUUACCUCUGUAAUCGUCCAAUAGGUUCGGAUCAUAAAUCUGUAAUUCAUUCCAAAUCCUCUCCUGAGAUUACUCUGAGAUUUGAGAGUGGGCCUGGUGCUGUAAUACACUCUUUGCUUGCAGAAAAAAAUGGAUUUUUGCAAUGCCAUAUAGAAAACUUUAGCACAGAGUUUUUUACAUCUUCGCUUACUAAUAUUCAACAUUUUUUGGAAGAUGAAACUGUUGCAACCGUGAUGCCAAUGAAGAUACAAGUUUCUAACACAAAAAUAAAUUUAAAAGACGACAGUCCUCGUAGUAGUACAAUAUCCCUUGAGCCAGCUCCUGUAACUGUUCAUAUUGACCAUCUUGUGGUAGAGAGAAAUGAUGAUGGUUCUUUUCAUAUCAGAGAUUCUCAGAUGCUUAACACUGGAAAUGAUUUGAAAAACAAAGUCAAAAGUGACUCAGUCCUGCUUACCAGUGAAGAGUAUGAUGUGAAGGAACAGCACAGCAUCACUCAAGCCACUCAGACAAGUCCAGAGGUUCCUUGGCCUUCUCAGUUGGUUAACUUUCCUGGGUGCUCCUUUGAUUUUACUAGGGAACAGCUCAUGGAAGAGAAUGAAUUUCUUAAACAGGAAUUGGCCAAAGCUAAAAUGGCUCUUGCAGAGGCUCACUUGGAAAAAGAUGCUCUUCUUCAUCAUAUAAAGAAGAUGACAGUUGAAUAA